AGCCGGAGCUCAUCGAGAAGCAGCCAGGAGGAAGAGGAGGUGCGGCGCUGGCCACGCACCGCGGCAGGAAUGUCGCCAGCCCGGGCACCGGGCCCGGCCGCAGCCAGCGGAUGUUUGUGACCUGCGGAGCCGCCGGUGACCGUCGGCAGCGGGGCCGGAGCCUCCCGUGUUGGUGGCUUUGGCCAUGGCGCCCGGGGCCGUGGAGUGCGAAGGUGUCAGCGGCUGCGGCGGGGACCCCGCGCUGAGCGCGCCCCCGGGGAUGCCGCUGCCGCAGGCCCCGUUCCGCAGCCCCGCGCUGGCGGCUCUGGACGCCGUGGCUCGGGCGCUGCUGGCUCCCGGCUCCUGGGCCCUCAACCGGCUCCUGGACCUGCGGCCCACGACGGCGGAGCGGCGGCGGCGGCCGUGCGCUUGGUGCCGCGGUUGCGCGGCUCGGGCGCUGGCGGGGCCGGUGCUCGCGGUGCUGCUGCUGCUCUCGCUGCCGCUCACGGCGCUGGGGCUGCUGCUGUGGCUGCCGCUGCAGGCGGCGCGGAGCCCCUUCCUUUACCAGCACACGGCAGCGGCGCCGCCGGCCGAGCCCUGGGACCUGCGGCAGCCCCGGACCUUCACCUUCGUCAGCGCCAACCUCUGCCUCCUGCCCAGCGGCUUGGCCAAGUUCAGCAACCUGGGGCAGACCCCGCAGCGGGCGGCGGACAUCGCCCGGCGCCUCGUCCCGGCCCCGCCGGACCCCGGCAGCGACCGCGCGGGCCUGGUGCAGCCGCGGCACCGCGGAGCCAACGGCUACGGAGGGACCCUGAGCACCGAGCGCGGCGUGGCCCUGGAGAUGCCCGAGGUGGAGGCGCCGGUGACGGAGCCGGAGCCGCCGGUGACGGAGCCGGAGCCGCCGCUGUCCGAGCGCUUCCCGCCGGCCGCCGACGUCCUUUGCCUGCAGGAGGUGUUCGACGGCGCGGCCGCCGCGUGUCUCCGCCGCCGGCUCGGCCGCGUGUUCCCGCACGUUAUCUCGGAGGUGGGCACGGGGGGGCUGCGCCGCGGGCGCCUGCGGCUGCUCGGCAGCGGCUUGUUCCUCGCCAGCCGCUUCCCGGUGCUGGCCGCCGCCUUCCGCAGCUUCCCCAACGGCGCCCGGGAGGACGCGAUGGCCGACAAGGGGCUGCUCAUGGUCCAGGUGCAGCUGGGCUCGGCGCGGCACCGCCGCAUCGUGGGCUACGUGGGCUGCACGCACCUGCAGGCGCCGGCCGGGGACGGCGCCGUCCGGGACGCGCAGCUGACGCUGGCGCUGCGCUGGCUGCAGCGGUUCCAGCAGGAGCAGGAGCGCAGCGGGGACCUGGUGGCCUUCGACGUCCUCUGCGGGGACCUCAACUUCGACAACUGCUCCCGCGGUGACCAGCUCAACCAGCGGCACCAGCUCUUCGAGCUCUACCGGGACCCGUGUCGCCAGGGACCGGGGCAGGAUGAGCCCUGGGCCAUAGGCACUCUCCUCAACUACCUGGAGAUCUAUGAGGAGCCCGUGUCCACCCCGGAGAAGAUGAAGAGGACCCUCUCCUCUCCCGGUGGCCGCUGCCGGUUCCUGGCGGGCCCCAUCCUGGCCUCGGGGCUCCCGGACGCCUCCUUCCCCGCCCCGUGCCGGGGCCGCCGCUUGGAUUACGCCGUGUUCCGGCCGCGGCCGCCGCUGCGCACGGACGUCGCCGCCGUCUCCUUCAUCACCCGCUUGGCCACGUGCUCCGAUCACCUGCCCGUGGCCCUCAGCCUGCACGUGGGCCCCGGCGCGCCCUGACACCAACACCGGCACCGGGACACCGGGGCACAGCAA